AUGACGAAGAUGAUGUCCGAACUUCCAAAGGAGUUGUUGGAAGAGAUACUGGCUAGGGCUCCAGUGCAAUCUACGAGAGCAGUACGAUUGACUUGCAAACAGUGGAACACUUUAUCCAAAGAAGAAAGCUUUACAAAGAAGCACCUAGUUCAUGUGAAAGCUGUUAGGGAGUUUAUGGUGGUCAUAGUGAUGGAUUUUAAGGUUUGUUUGAUGAGCAUCAAUCUCCAUGGGAUUCGCAAGGAAGAAGACGUUGAAUCAUCUAUAGAGUGUAAAGGUAUUCUUAUUAACCUAAUCGAUGCGUCUGAAGUCUAUCAUUCCGGUGGUUUAUUGCUAUCCAUCACAAAAGACCACACCAGGCUUGUGGUUUGGAAUUCAUAUUGGGGGCAAACUCGAUGGAUCGAACCUAGAAUUCGUAGCAUACCUGUGACGUAUGCUAUCGGAUACGAGACGAGAAAAUCAUCCCGCAGCUACAAACUUUUGAGUUGCGUGGUUUCUACUAUUGCUGGUAACUGUGUUGAGUACAGUAUCUAUCAGUUAGACUCUAAUUCAUGGGGGGUUCUUGAUGUCCCUUGCGAUUGGGCGACAGAUGUUUAUAGACACGGUGGUGUCUCUGUGAAUGGGAAUACUUAUUGGUAUACUCCAGAAGGAAAUAUGGGUGAAUUCUUGAUUUGUUUUGAUUUUACAAGAGAGAGAUUUGGACCGGCUCUGCCUCUGCCGUUUGACUCUAAUUGUAAAGAUAAAGUGGCUCUAACUAGUGUUAGAGAAGAGCAACUUGCAGUGUUAUUUAUGUGCCAGCGUAUAUCAAGGAUAGAGAUAUGGAUUACUAACAAGAUUGAGCCCAAUGAUGUGACGUGGAGAAAGUUGUUUUUAGCAGUGGACAUGAAACCACUCUGUAGUCUUCUGUCUGACCCUAUUAGACAUCGGAGUUUCUUCGUUGAUGAGGAGGAGAAGUUCGUUGUGCUUUUUGGUUUACACGAAGAGACAGUCCGAGUCCGCAACAUAGCAUACAUCAUUGGAGAGAAUGGUUACUUCAGAAAGGUAGAUCUUGGAGAAUCUGCACACGGUUAUUGUCUUCCUGUUGGGUGCUCUUAUGUUCCAAGUUCAGUGCAAAUCAAGCAACUUAUAAACGGCAAAAGCAGUUAG